CCCCUCCUGAUUCGAGGAGGGGCUCCGGUAUUGUUCCCACCUCCCGCCUGGGGUCGGGAGUUCAGGAGGCCCUGUCCUCAAGAGGGGGAUCUAGGGGGUCCCUCUUCCCCCAGGACCCUAGGAAGGGUACCAGCGAUUGUCCCCCUCCCCCUCCAGUCUUGGGGUCUGGAGUUCUGGAAGCUCCUUCCCCUGGAGGUGAUCCAGGGGGUCCACCUGCCCUCACCCCUGGGAACUCAGGAAAGACUUCAGUGAUUUCUCCUCCCACCUUCCAGCUAAGAGAUGGGAAUUGAGGGGACCCCUUCCCCUGGAGGUAAUCUAAGAGUUCCUCUGUCCCCGCAGGAAUGCAGGAGGGGUCCCAGGUAUUGUUUCCCCUGCUCUCCAACUACGGGUCUGGGUUGAGGACCCCCUGUCCAGGAACUCGGCUCUGUUUGCCUGCACACUCCCAGCUAUGGGGUUGUGGCUCAGUGUAUUCCCCUCCCCAGAAGGGGAGCCACAGGUCCCCCCCACACCUUCUCCUAGGAGCAGAUCAUUCAUUGUUGGCACCUCAACACCCAGCCAUGGGUGGGGAGCUCAAGGCCUCCCCACCCCAGGCAGGUCAUCCUGGGCUCCCCUUGCUCCCCAGAAGUGGUUCCAGCUUUUGUUCCUCUACCUCCCAGCCUGCCCCCAGUCACAACCUGGGAGUUCAGUUCAGGAUCCUUCCUGCAGGAAGGGCCACAAGUGUGCUGACACUACCCGCCACGUCCCAGCCAUGGGAGGAGAUGGCUCAGGCGUUUCCCCAGUAACUUCAGAGGGUCCCCAGGUAUUAUUCGUGCCCAUCCUCCAGCUAGAAGUUAAAAUUCAGGACCUUCCAGCCAAUAGUGAAAACAGGUCCUGCCCCAGAAGCUGCCGGCACAUCCACGCCUGAAAUGCGGCGCUCAGUCCUGGUCAGGAACCCAGGCCACAAAGGCCUGAGACCCGUUUAUGAAGAGCUUGACUCUGAUUCCGAGGACCUAGACCCCAAUCCUGAAGAUCUGGACCCGGUUUCUGAAGACCCAGAGCCUGAUCCUGAAGACCUCAACACUGUCCCGGAAGACGUGGACCCCAGCUAUGAAGAUCUGGAGCCCGUCUCGGAGGAUCUGGACCCCGACGCCGAAGCUCCAGGCUCGGAACCCCAAGAUCCCGACCCCAUGUCUUCGAGUUUCGACCUCGAUCCAGAUGUGAUUGGCCCCGUACCCCUGAUUCUCGAUCCUAACAGCGACACCCUCAGCCCCGGCGAUCCAAACGUGGACCCCAUCUCCCCUGGCCUCACUGCCACCCCCCAGGUCUUGGCCACCAGCCCCGCGGUGCUCCCCGCCCCCGCCAGCCCGCCCCGGCCCUUCUCCUGCCCGGAUUGCGGGCGAGCCUUCCGCCGCAGCUCCGGGCUGAGCCAGCAUCGCCGCACCCACAGCGGUGAGAAGCCGUACCGCUGCCCCGACUGCGGGAAGUCCUUCAGCCACGGUGCCACCCUGGCGCAGCACCGUGGCAUCCACACCGGGGCGCGGCCGUACCAGUGCGCGGCCUGCGGCAAGGCCUUCGGCUGGCGCUCCACGCUGCUGAAACAUCGCAGCAGCCACAGCGGGGAGAAGCCGCACCACUGCCCGGUGUGUGGCAAGGCCUUCGGGCACGGCUCGCUCCUGGCGCAGCACCUGCGCACGCACGGCGGCCCGAGGCCCCACAAGUGCCCGGUGUGCGCCAAGGGCUUCGGCCAGGGCUCUGCGCUCCUCAAACACCUGCGCACGCACACGGGCGAGCGGCCCUACCCGUGUCCGCAGUGCGGCAAGGCCUUCGGGCAGAGCUCGGCGCUGCUGCAGCACCAGCGCACACACACGGCCGAACGCCCCUACCGCUGCCCCCACUGCGGCAAAGCCUUCGGGCAGAGCUCCAACUUGCAACACCACCUGCGCAUCCACACGGGCGAGCGGCCCUACGCCUGCCCGCACUGCUCCAAGGCCUUCGGGCAGAGCUCAGCGCUGCUCCAGCACCUGCACGUGCAUUCGGGCGAGCGUCCCUAUCGCUGUCAGCUCUGCGGGAAGGCCUUUGGCCAGGCCUCCAGCCUCACCAAGCACAAACGGGUGCAUGAGGGUGCAGCCGCUGCUGCAGCUGCCGCGGCUGCCGCAGCUGCAGCAGCGGCCGCUGGCCUGGGCCUAGGGCCUGGCCUAAGCCCUGCAUCCAUGAUGAGGCCGGGGCAGGUCUCCCUCCUGGGUUCUGAUGCUGUUUCUGUGCUUGGCUCUGGCUUGGGCCUCAGCUCUGGCACCAGCUCUGGCCGUAGCCCUGACCCUGGCUCUGGGCCGGGCACUCUGCUGGAUCCCAGCUCCAGACCCCUCCCCGGCUCCAGAUCCACCCCCAGCCCUACUCCUGUGGAAUCUUCUGACCCGAAGGCUGGGCACGACGCUGGUCCUGACCUUGUGCCCAGCCCAGACCCUGAUCCUGCGCCCAGCCCAGACCCUGAUCCUGUGCCCAGCCCUGAUCCCAACCCUGUGUCCCACCCUGACCCCUGCUCUCCCACUGGUGACACUGUCAGCCCAGCCCUCCCUACCGGCGAGAGUCCAGAGUGGGUACAGGAGCAAGGGGCACUGCUGGGGCCUGAUGGCUGAAGGGGACUCGGGCAUCCUCGGGGGCCUGGGGAAGUUGUGUGUUGUGCAGUUAGUAAAAUCCUCCCACUGCCUCCGG